GAGAAUUUCCCAAUGUCUGCAAUCUAAAACAAAACCCUGACCCGACGCACCACGCGAAAAAAUUCACCGGAGCUCAUUGCCGUGGCCGUAUUCGACUGCGCCGGAGAAGGAUAAGAUAAUUAUGGCAAACAAAGGUUGGGGUCCUCCUCCUCAUCCUCACCACCUCCGUCCUCUUCCUGGCCCUGGGGUCGGGCAUCCUGAUCCAUAUAUUUCGGGGAUUCCUCCACCUCAUGGCGGUUUCCACCCACCUUUUGAGAUGUUGGGUCCUCAUGAAAUAAUGGAACAAAAGCUCUCUGCGCAACAUGCUGAGAUAGAAAAACUUGCAACAGAGAAUCAAAGGCUUGCUGCUACCCAUGGAACUCUAAGACAAGAUCUUGCUACAUCCAACCAUGAGCUGCAGAUGAUACAUGCUCGUAUUGCUGAUACAGCGGCUGAAAAGGAGCAACAGAUGAGGGGUCUUGCGGAUAGAAUGGCAAUGAUGGAGUCUGAACUGAAAGGUUUGGAUGCCGUAAGAGUGGAGUUGCAGCAAGCACGAGCUGAAGCACAGAAGUUGGCUGUUUCAAGGGAGGAACUAAUGUCAAAGGCGCAGCAAUUGAGUCGUGACCUUCAUAUGGCUCACACGGAUGCAAAGCAACUCCCUCCUUUAAUGGCCGAACUUGAUCGGCUGCGACAAGAGUAUCAGCAUUGCAGGGCUACUUAUGAGUAUGAAAAGAAGUUAUACAGUGACCAUCUCGAAUCACUUCAGGUGAUGGAAAAGAACUAUAUGGCAAUGUCCAAAGAAGUGGAGAAGCUUCGGGCGGAAUUGACUAACUUUGGUCCACGGACAGGAGCACCGUACGGUGGUUCUGCUGGAUAUAACGAUCAUUAUCCUUUGGGCAAUUAUGCUUCUGUUCAAAAUUCAUAUGGUGUUGGCCAGCAGGGCAUUGGCAGACCUGGUGGCGUACCCGUCGCCGGGGUUAAUUCAGCAUACAUUCCACCACAAUCUGCUCCAUAUGGUUUCGGGACUGUUCACGAUGCUUCCAGAGUUCCUGGUUACAGCGCAUCUAACGGACCUGGCUACGGGCUUUCUGGAGCAGGGCAGGUUGGAUCUACGUACGAACCUCAAAGGGGACCAAUCGGCGCUGUCCCUGAUGGACAUAUCGGAUCAGCUGCUCCUGCUUAUAUUUCCCAUUCCGGACCUGGAUAUGACCCUCAGGCGGGAUCUACUACAUCGGUACAUAAUUUCCAGAUGGGACCUGGAUAUGAUUCUCGUAAAGGACCUGGGUAUGAUGGACAGAGCGCUCCUCCUUAUGAUACGCAAAGAGGUUCGGGAGAAGAAGCUCAAAGGAGUGCGGCGCACGUGCACGAUGGCGCCAAUUUUAAUGCUUCAGCCGCUCCAGGACCUGAAGGUCAUGUUUCUACGAAGAACUCAGCUUAUGUGUCGAUGCCAGGAACUGGAGCUGGAACCGGAUAUCAACCCGUACCCUGAGGUUGAAAAACCGUGUUCAUAUGUAAAAGCUGAAGAUCCCGGCCAUUUAACUGCAUACUAUAGGGGUACGACCGAUCGACACUUGUUCAGAUUCCUCUUUUGUUUCUUCACAAGGUUUUAUGAUGUUUCCAUCAGGUAAUUGACCGAUCAAUGAGCAGUACGAUGGAUUUGGAUGAAAAUAGUCGCGUCUAUAAACACGCUUAAUGAAUGCGUUAUGAAGCAUCGAUUUGUGUUCGUCUAAUUGUAUGGUUUACAAGGCGUUUGAUCGACGUGUAAUUCUCGGAUUCGUUGUCGACGCUGAGGAAUAAAGUUUGGGUUUGAAGGAAGUAGCUGUUUCGAUUUGCCCGACCACUGGUUGUUAGAGGAUCGAAGAAUGACGACAUGGCCUGUUCUUCCCGGUUUUGUGAGCCAUCGAUGUCUUAAGAUUGUACGUUUCAUUGCUUUCGAGUACUGAUCUUCGUCGGCAUGUCUGGAAUCUGUUUCGACAUCACUUGGCUUGUCGUGGAGACGCUUAUGUUGCACCUGCAAAAAUGUAUGCGGAAAAACUAUGCUUGAGGACAUCGUUUUCGACCGCAUCACUCGGGCCGUGCAUUGCUUCGAGAUAAUCGGUUCGACACUUCAUAUCUAUCAUUUUUUGUAUCAAAUUUUACUGCCUGAAAUUCACUAGAGAUCGAUCGUAAAUAAAAUGAAUUAUGUAUUUUUAUAUAGAAUCGUACAUUUUGAAA